AAAGUGCACCUAAAUGUAGGGAACAGGGAGCCAUUUGAGAUUCAGCCAUUCACACGUGAAGCUAAAGUGUUUAAAGUCAGCCUCUCCUGAGCUUCGAAUGCAGACUAGAAGAUAGAGAGAAUGGCUCAGCAGCCCGUUUUCCUGAGUGACGAUGUCGUUGCGCGUCUCCUUCGUUACGACGACUUAAUUCCCCGGUUAGAAGAGGCUUUGGGGAAGUUUUCUCUCCGGGAUAGGGCAGAAGUGGUGCAGCCGGUGAGGUCGGUGAUGCCUAUAGAGAACCACAACGGGUUUUUGGGGCUAAUGCCUGCAUAUGUAGCAUAUAAAGGCAUUUUGUGCACGAAGAUGGUGGCCUUCUACAGACGUGACGAAGGGUCUAGUUUGCCAUCAACUCAGGCCACUGUGUUACUCUUUGACCCUAUGUAUGGGAACGUCAUCGCGGUUAUGGAUGGAUUAGAUAUCACACAUAAAAGAACAGCAGCUGUGUCAGCCAUAUCUGCCAAACUGUUGAAGCCAGCUGAGUCGGACAUAUUGUGCAUACUAGGUUCUGGACACCAGGCGCUUAGUCAUUAUGAAGUCUUCAUGCAGCUCUUUUCAUUUAAAGAGGUCCGUGUGUGGAGUAGAAGAAUAGAAAUGGCAAAGCAGUUUGCAGCUAGUGUCCAGGGUCCUGUAACAGUGUGUUCAUCUGUUAAAGAAGCAGUUAAUGGAGCUGAUGUAAUCGUGACAGUUACUAGCUCAAGUGAACCAGUGCUCUUUGGGGAGUGGGUUAAGCCUGGUGCUCAUGUUGCAGCGGUGGGGGGAUGCCGACCAAACUGGAGGGAACUGGAUGAUGUUUUGAUGAGAGAUGCUGCUAUCUACGUUGACAGCAGAGAGGGAGCUGCAAUGGAGUCAGGAGACAUUAUUCUGUCUGGGGCGAAAGUGUUUGCUGAAAUUGGAGAGGUUAUAAAUGGAACCUCGCCUGCUCUCUGUGAGAAGACAACAGUAUUCAAGUCUCUGGGAAUGGGAAUACAAGAUGCCAUCUCUGCUAAACUUGUGUUUGACAAGUGGAAGAGUAACCAGUGAAGGACUCAGGAUUCAGCUAUGAAGAAGAAUCACUUGCCAGCUUUCAGUACAAAUAUUCUUUUGAGGAUAAACUCCGACUUCUACAAGAUAAUUAACACUACUGAAUCUUUAACUUGCAGGCAUGAUUCCAAUAAUGAACACUCAUCCGUCUUUUGAGAUCAGAAUUGCUGAACGCUUUUACAGUACCUCAGAUCAUUUAAAGACGUGACAAAAUUAAACAUCAGAGGUAAUGGUUAAUACACUGUAACUCCAGUUAAAAUGCAGUAAAACAAAGCUGACAUGGUCUUCAUACUGUCACAGAGUAAGAUAAAAAAUGUAUUUCUAAAAAUUGCGCCAAGAAUUCAACUAUUUGCCUAUUAUUUCUACAUCAAAUACAAAAUGCACUAAAAUGCAUACGGUCAAUGUGAAUUUCCAUUCAUUCCUGUGAUUUCAGAUUCCUGUAUCUUGAGAGCUUAACUGCACACUGCCAUUAGGUCUGCACUGGCACUUUUUAAACUUCCUUAACCAUGUCACUGUUGACUUACCUCUGAAUUAAUCAUGCUUAGAAAAGAUCUGCACAUUCUGUCAAACUACAGUCUCUGUACAAUACUGGUGAAAUAAUAAAAGCUAUCUCCUACAAAGACUGCAUGACUAGCUGCAGCAGAUAUUAACACAAAAUGUAAAACAACAUUAGAACAAAUGGAUGUUUGCUGGAUAACAUUUGUGUAGCAACUGCUUAACCACAGUAUACACUAAAUAAACAAAAUUAAGCUCUCUACUACACUUCAAAACUUUUGUAUUGUCCAUGUCAAAGCCUUCCUUCGAGAUUUCUGGAAAUUAGUUGUUGCCUAGGGGCUUCCCUUAAAAACAAACAAAACCAAAAAAUUUUAAGUUUAGUAUGCACAAUUUAAGUAAAAGCCAUUACAGGUAGGUUUAGGUUUUGGCAAUUCUUCAUUUUCUAUAAAAACAAAAAAAACAGAGUGUAAACAAAAUAUAUGGGCUCACAUGGAGGAAAGGGGGGGGGUUGUUUAACUUUACAUAAACAUGAAAAAGUACAUUAUUACAAGGCAGCAGGAAUUUCUUAGUGUGAGGGGACAUUAACUAGGAAAAGCCAUCCAACAUCUCCUUGAGACAAACUCCAGGAGCCUAAGAUAGAGUCUGUUAUACAGAAGUAAGUCUAAAUUACAAUACAUGAGUGAGAGAGACAUAUUUGUAUGGGUAUGAUUCAUCACAGAGUCUUCCCUCUUGCACCCCAACACAUACUCCCCACUGUUCCUGACUCCUCUUCUCAGGUGAGCUCAGAUCGCAGCCGGUUCUUUAAAUGCGUUCACUUCAGAGCAGCAGACACUUCCUCUUCUUCUUCUUGAGCGGCGGCGGGCACAGUACCGCACGGAUGGCUUCGUCAAACACUGUCUUAAGGCCACGCUGAGUUAAGGCUGAGCACUCCAGAUACUUCACAGCUCCUGCACAGAAAUAAGAGAAAUAGUGUAGUGCAUCAAUGUUUAAACGAACUAGUAACAUUUCAGUUUGGACUACUGAAAUGAAUUUUUACUGGAAAAAAUUCAUUUUGACGUAAAUUCGCAGUAAAAUUAUCAAUAUGGCAGAGAACUGGAUUACUAAAAUCCAGAUAGUUGUGGCUAGUUUUAUGUGUAAACGUUAUCAGGUGGUCUGUUUCCAAGUGGGUAGACCAUCUGAGGCUGAGACUUCCAAUUUUCAGAUGUCAUUUGAGUGCACAGCAGCGGUAGCUUGCAUGCAGUAAUAUUCAGGUAUUCAACUCCUCAACAAAAUUAUAAUUCAGUGGAUCCAGGAACACUCAGAAGUAAAAUGUAAUACAGCUAAAAAUACUGGGUCUGGAAUAUUUGGCUUUUCUACAUAGUGUGAUGGUGGUGUUUUUUGGAAAACAGCAUUCAUUUUUCCCCUCCAAAAAAAACUGUUUAGAGUUCCUAAUUUGGACAUGAUGCCAACUACAGAAUGACGACACAACAACAUAGUCAUUUCAAGUCAAUUCACUUAAAUGCUCAAGAGAAUUAGCUUGCUUAUAACAUGUAUGCAACAUUAUUCACAAAUAAAUAAUAAAUAACAUCAUAAUUCAGGAGGAUUCAGUGGCACUCCUUUACCACAGAGCUUGAAUUCAGGAGGAUUCAGUGACACCCCUUUACCAGAGAGCUUGAUAGCAGCAAUUUUCAAAAACACAUUUUUUGUCACAGAGAAAAACUGCUCAGACACAGAUAUCCUUAUAAGGCAAUGACACCAUCUACAGAAAGACAACAUGACUUCUAGAGGUCUAUAUGUACAGCAAGCUUUUUCACCAUAUUUUAUCAUUCCAUUCACAACUGGCUGCUAAGUAACAAUAAUUAAUUUUUCUCUAUGCUGCUAGAACUACUUUUUUGAAGGUAAAUGCUAAUAUUAAAACAUUUAUUGGAAAUAGUGUUUAAGGUUUCUUUGCUUUACUUCUUUCUUAAGUUAUGAAAUUGUUGUAUGAAAGCAGUAGAAUAUCUGACUUGUAGAUUAUUGUAAAUAACACAUUGUGUUUAUCUUUACUAUUAGUCAUAAUACACUUGCUCGCUCUUAUGUUCUGUUGCUUGGCUAGGUCAUCCCAAUUUUAGAAAUACAUAUUUUGCAGUAUUACUACUAACCAAUUUCUUUAGCCAUUGCAAGGCCUUGUGGGUAAGUGAUGGGAGUGAGCUUCUUCUCUUUCAGCUUCUCAAUAGUGUCCUUGUCAUCUCUUAAAUCAAGCUUGGUCCCAACAAGAAUAAUUGGGGUGUUGGGGCAGUGAUGUCUGACUUCAGGAUACCACUGUGGAAAACAUGACAUAGGUCACUUGCAUUUAAAAUCAAAGAAAAAAAAAAAUGAAGCCUUAAAAAGUGAGCAUGAUGUGGCAUUUUACUGAAACAAGAUACCUUUAUCAAAGUAUUUUCUACAAUGACACAUUAAAACAUUUUCUAAACUAGAACAAUCAUAGAAGAUUGCGGUAGUUUGAUUGAACAGAUUUAUUGUAUGAGCUUGGUCCUAUGAAUAAAUAAUCACUGGCAAAAACAGGACAAGUCUUUGUGCAGAGACAAACAAAACCAACCAUAUUUGCAUUUUUUUAAGCUUAGUUUCUAUGAAAGUGCCUGCUGAUACAGCUUCAUGCAAUAUACAAGAAAUCCAGACAGAUUAUUUUUAGCGCCUUCCUCUUUCACUUUUUGUUAUAUUUAGAUGUUUUUCCAGGAACCAUCAGCAUUUCAUUAACUUUUACUUUCCUAGCUGCAGUAAAAAGGACCUGAAGGGCUAUAAUCCUUUACAGUUUAAUUUUUCUUGCCUAAACAAAUAGUUUAAUUAAAUUUACAAUUUUCCUUCAUAGUCACUCAACCAAAAUGUGUUUGGUGUCCAAUUUUGCUUGUUUAGUUUAGUACUAGAGCUACAAGGCUAUGUUUCUAUCAAACAACAGAAGUCACACAAUUUUUUGAGCGGAUUUGCUGAUAUCACUGUAUGACUUCGUCUGAACUUUAAAAGUGAACAAAACUUCACUGUGUAGCUUAACGCUGCAGGCAGCUGAAUUCAGACUCCUCUCUGUGUGCAUGCACAUCAAGACGUACAGAGAUUAGAUUAUGUUCACGAUUUCUGCUGUUUCUAUUUAUAUUUGUAAUUAGAUCUUUAUAUCUUAAGUUGGAAAAUUGAAGAUUAACAGAUAGUCGUAAAGGAAUCAACAAAAAUCACAAACACAUUCUGUAACGUCCAUAUGCCUGCAUGACGUGUAAGCACACGAAAAAGAGUAAGAAUUCAGGGCAACAUCUGUUGUCUAAAAUUGCUGAUCGAAGUGUUUGACAACACAGUGCAGUUUUGUUCAUUUUUAUAGCUCACAGCAAAUCAUACUGUGUCUUAAACCACACAGGUAAGUCUGUGUGACCUUAAUAAAAAUCUGGAUGCAGUUUAAAUAGGCUGAGAGACAUUGUGGGCCUAUACAGCAGAGACGUGUGUGUUUGAGUUCCAGUGCUUAUUAGCAACAUUAGCCUCACAGCUCCAGCAAAAUAUGGAUGUUUUGGCUGAUUGACUACAUUUCCUUUCAACUCAACUUCACCAGGUAUAGUUGCUAUGUUAGAGCAGCAAAAUCACUAAACUGUGCUGGACUCUAGACCUCAGUUCCCCACUCUUGAUUUAAAAGGAUGUUUCUUACCUUGGCACGAACAUUCUCAAACGAAGCAGGGCUCACAAGUGAGAAGCAAAUCAAAAAUACAUCCUACAAAAAAAAAGAA